AUGCAACGUGUCAACAAGGACUUGCGUGGCAAACGGACUGUCUCCAUCAGCAGCCGCCUGCGUACCUUGCUGAACGAGAAGAAGUGGCAAGUCAUAUUUGGAAGUUGCCUGAUUCUCACCGUCACAGCAGUCGCCAUUCCUGCUGGCGUGAGCCACACGUUGCGGGAAUCGGGACCACAGCCCUCACCUCCUCACAACACUGCCGCACAAGGCGAACCUGCUGAAGGACGGACGAAGAAGCGACGCGUUGACCACGGAAACACAGUCGCUGAGACGGCAAAGCGCCUACAGCCGGUUGCCCACGCUGCACCGCUGAACCGCCGCAAACCAGGUACCAAGAAGCAGCAGGAAUCCCAGGCCGUAUUGAUAAACCACCUUAAACCAGGGACCAAGAAGCAGCAAGACACACAGGCCGCAGCACGGAAGGACGAAACACCAGGGGCCAAGAAGCAGCAAGAGGCCUUCAUUGAAGUGCAGCACAAGCAAGGUGUUAGCGUUCAGGCAGAAGGCAUAUAUAGGUUUUCUCCCGUUCCCGAGACGGCACCGGGCGACCACUACCAAAAAGAUCUGCGACUUCCCAAGACAGUCGAGCCACUCGAGUACAAAUUGAAGUUUGAGCCCGUGUACACGGAUCAAAGCGUGUACUUCAAGGGUCACGCUCGCAUCUUUAUUCUGUGUAAGGAAAACACCAAGAUGAUUCAGAUGCACGCAUCCAAUCUUAUAAUCGAUCGAUCCAACUCAAGUCUCACUACGGUCGACCAGAAGCCCGGACCAGAAAUUCUUAACAUUCGCACGAACGACUUCUCCCAGUUCCUCUACAUUUACCUCGCCGACGAUAUAAUCGCUGGCGAGAAGUAUUACCUGAACAUUCCCUUCACCAGUAUUGCGUUUCACGACAACGGCUUCAACGUACGCCACUACACCAGAGACAACGGCACCCCUCUAUGGGUCAUUGGCACCAAUUUUCUCCCGACCGAGGCUCGAAGGGCUUUUCCUUGCUUUGACGAGCCUGGCCUCAAAUCGGUUUUCAACAUGGAAGUCAUCCGAGAUCCCAAUUUGCACACGCUGUCCAACAUGCCGCUCGCCAAAGUUUAUCCAAAAUCAAAAGGAAAACAGGCUGACGCGUUUGUUAAGACGUUCCCCAUGUCAACGUUCUCGGUUGGAUUUUUCAUCUCCGACUUUGUGUCAUACGGAAACACCUCGUUUAAGCUGUGGACGCGUCCCGGCAUUUUGAAGGACGUGGAUUUUCUAUUAGAGCUGGGUCCCAAGAUCCUCAAAUUUUAUGAAGCGUAUUUCGCCAUGCCGUACCAAGUUCCCAAGAUGGACGUGGUUGCAAUGGAGCAUUAUAUCAACGACGUUCAGAACAUGGGUCUCCUCUAUCUUCCGGAAAAUAUCGCCUUUUACGAUCCGGAAGAAGCGUCCACUGUCAAAAAGCAGAGUGUCCUGCUCUCCCUGUGCCACGCAUUCUCGCACGAGGACUAA